AUGCAGCACAACUCGAUCAAGAGAGGCGAAGAGCAGCGGAGCAGUAAGCGCAACUCGAUCGGCAAGAGGAAGCUCUCCGAUCAAGGGGAGCAGAGGACCAUCUCCCAGCUUCUGUCUCAGCACUCCUCGCCCUCUCCCCAACAAGAGCCAUCUCCCACCUCCAAGCGGUCCCGCCUGUCGCGCCCCUCCUCGUCCUCGUCAUCCCACGCGGACUCCCUUGUCCCAUCCUCGAAGAUGUACAACUUUUCCGGAUCUCCGCCCAAGAAUGGCACCGCAUUUGCUCGGGGCGUGCCUGCAUCGGACUCUUCCAUCAAAUCCCAGGCAUUCAGCGCAGCCACUCGCCAGAAUAACGUCACUCCCCAGACCAGCACGAAGAAACUUGUGGUCAAGAACCUGCGGACUGGCUCCCGGUUGAACCAGGCGUCUUACUUUGACAAAGUCUGGUCGCAGCUUGAUGCGGCCUUGUCGGCUAUCUUUGAUGGCAAGAAACCAGAUAUCUCAUUGGAGGAGCUAUAUAAAGGGGCUGAGAAUAUGUGCCGUCAAGACCGGGCACCUCUUCUUGCCAAGAAGCUUCAGAACAGAUGCAAAGAGCAUGUGACUGGAAAGCUGCGCGAGAAUCUUGUCACACGAGCCGGGGGUGGUAAUGAUGUCGAUACGUUGCGGGCAGUAUUCGAGGCGUGGUCAGCAUGGCAAUCGAGGCUGAUCACUGUUCGCUGGAUCUUCUAUUACCUCGAUCAAUCGUUCCUUCUCCAUUCUAAGGAGCAUCCGGUGAUACGUGACAUGGGCUUGAUUCAGUUCCGUUCCUACAUAUUCGCCGAUCGCAGUCUGAAACCCAAGAUCCUACAAGGUGCGUGCGACCUGAUCGCUGCCGAUCGGGGUGCAGAGACCAGCACUGUGGCUGAUUCGACUUUGCUUCGAAAUGCCAUUGGAUUGUUCCACGAUCUUGAUGUUUAUACAAGUGGCUUUGAGCCACUCUUUGUCGCCCAAUCACGGACCUUUAUUUCCACAUGGGCACAAAGGGAAGCAUCAGGGUCCCUGCCCUCUUAUGUCGAGAACAGCCACCGCCUGAUUGCACAAGAGGUGGAACGAUGCGGGUUAUUCUCUCUCAAUCGAAGCACGAAGCAAGAACUGUUCGGUAUACUAGACGAGACACUGAUCACCGAGCAAGAGGCGGUUCUCCUCCGCCAAGAUGACAUCGUCGGCUUAAUGCGAGCAGGAAACAAGACCGCGUUGAAACAGCUCUACGGUCUUCUCGACCGGCGGGGUCAUGGUACCAAGUUGAAGCCUGCUUUCAGCCGCUACAUUGUCGACGAAGGCUCUAACAUUGUGUUUGACGAAGAGAAAGAAGCUGAUAUGGUGGUCCGUCUACUCCAAUUUAAAGAGCAGCUUGACGAUAUCUGGAAGGAUGCAUUCAAUCGGAACGAAGAUCUAGGUCACGUCUUACGUGAAGCAUUUGGUAACUUCAUGAAUUUGAGCAAGAAGACAGCAUCCACUGGCGGCACUGAUAACGCCAAGACAGGCGAGAUGAUCGCCAAAUACGUGGACAGAUUGUUGAAGGGAGGCUGGAAAGUGCCGCCGGGACGCAAACCGGACGACGUGGCGCUGGCCGAUGAGGAUGCUGAAAUUAAUCGACAGCUCGAUCAGGUGCUCGAUCUUUUCCGUUUCGUGCAGGGAAAGGCUGUCUUUGAAGCAUUCUACAAAAAUGACCUCGCUCGGCGCUUACUGAUGGGCCGCAGUGCCAGCGAUGAUGCAGAGAGAAGCAUGUUGACUCGUCUGAGAACGGAAUGUGGGUCGAACUUCACCCAAAACCUUGAGUCGAUGUUUAAGGACAUGGGGGUGGCACACGACGAAAUGAAAGCCUACAAUUCGAUGUACCGAGAGAAACGAGGCGCCCGCCCCCCGAUAGAUCUGCAUGUCAACGUGAUCUCAGCUGCGUCGUGGCCGAGCUAUCCUGAUGUUCCGGUGCAAAUUCCGCCGAUCAUUUCUGAGGCUAUUGGUAGCUUUGAGAAUUUCUAUCAGAGUAAACACACCGGCCGCAAAUUGCACUGGAAACAUCAGCUGGCGCACUGCCAACUUAUCGCACGGUUCCCCAAGGGUCCCAGGGAGCUGGUAGUCAGCUCAUUCCAGGCGAUCGUGUUGCUUUUAUUCAAUGAUGUCCCCAAUGACGAGACCCUGCGGUACCCACAGAUCCAGCAAGCGACUGGACUUUCCGAUGCGGAAUUGACGCGGACUCUACAGUCUCUCGCGUGCGCCAAGUACCGGGUUCUGACCAAGCAUCCCAAAGGCAGAGAUGUCGCGUCGACAGACGAAUUCUCCUACAACACCGGCUUUACAGAUCUCAAGUAUCGCAUCAAGAUCAAUCAGAUCCAGCUUAAAGAGACCAAAGAAGAGAACAAGACUACACACGAGCGUGUGGCAGCCGAUCGACACUAUGAGACUCAGGCGGCGAUCGUGCGCAUCAUGAAGAGCCGCAAGACCAUCAAGCACUCCGAGCUGAUUGCAGAAGUGAUCGAGGCGACCCGCAGUCGCGGCACUUUACAGCCCGCCGAGAUUAAGACCAACAUUGAGAAGUUGAUUGAGAAGGACUACAUGGAGCGCACAGAAAACAACCAGUACAACUAUUUAGCUUAG